AGUUGGUACCCAAUUCUAUGGUAUGACAAUAAAUGAGUGGGAAUCUUUAUUGGAAAAAUUUAAAAGAAGUCCUGAUAAAGAUAUUCAACAGAUAUUGAAAGUAAGCUAUGAUGAUUUAAAUGAUUUUGAAAAAGAAAUUUUUCUUGAUAUUGCUUGCUUCUUCAGAGGACAAAAUAUUGAAGAUGUCAAAAACAUGGUGAAACAUGUUUAUGAUUUUGAUCCAAGUCAUGGUAUUAGAGUGUUGGUGAACAAAUGCCUCAUAAAGGUUCAAUAUUCUCAUGUUAAAAUGCAUGAUUUGAUGCAAGACAUGGGGAGAGAAAUUGUUCGUCAAGAAUCACCAAAAGAACUAGGAAAACGUAGUAUAUUAUGGCUUCAUCAAGAUAUUGUUCAUGUUUUGGAAGACAAUACAGGCACAAGUGAAGUCAAUAUUACAAUUCAAGACAAUUGGCUCAAAUGCAUGGAAGUAGAUUGGGAUGGAGAAGCCUUCAAGAGUAUGAAAAAUCUCAAAGUUCUUAUUUUUAACAAUGUGACAUGCUCAAAAAGUCUCAAAUAUCUUCCUAACAGCUUAAAAGUGCUCAAGUGGCAAGGGUAUCCUUCUUCAAGUUUGCCUGCUGAUUUUCGUCCAAAAAAGCUAGUUGAAUUCAACAUUGGGUAUAGUAAUUUGAGUUCCAUGGAAAUAGUCAGAAUUCAAACAAUUUGAGUGUUUUGAAUCUUCAAGGUUGUCAAUACAUUAUAGUGAUACCUGAUCUAUCCAAUCUCAAAAAUAUGAAGGAAUUAAUCCUUGCAAAUUGCAAGAAU